AUGUCUACGACCAUAACAUCCCUCCUCAAUUCCCUCCACACACAUCUUCAAUCUCAAACACAACUCCUCCCCACUCUUCAUGCACAGCUCGGACUACCCCCAACCGCGCUUACCGACGAACUAGCGACGCUCCAGCACCAGCUCACAGAAUGCAUCGAGAGCCAGAUCGACCUGCGACGGAAACAGGUGGACGAGUGGUUGAAGCGGUGCGCAGAUAUUGAGAACCAUUGUAUACGCUAUGGAAACGCGCUUGGUGGACAUGUAAAGACCACAGGCGGUAGUGUGGGCGAGAUCCGGAAGGAGCAGGUGUUGCCACGGCGGUUCGAGAUUGCUUCGGAGUACCAAGAAAAGCUGCGACAGUUGUAUCAUACAAAGUUAGAACAACUUCUGACCCUCACUGGCCGGCUCAGCGUUCUUGCGAAUACGCUGGGUGCUGAAUUCUACCCACAAGACAUCCUCGAGCCUACUCCCGCUUUGGGGGAGGACGAAUACGACUCUGCAUCACAUCGCGAUGUCACGCCCGAGCGGUUCUCGAGGCUCGAGAAGGAGCUCGUCCGCGGGAAGGGUGAACUUACGAAGCGACUCACGCAACUAUCGUCAACCAUGGUGCAGAUAGACUGGCUCCAUACCGAGCUUGGCAUAUCACCACCGGUUCUCGAGGACCUCCCAUCACCUUCAUCACUCACCCUUCCACCUCUCCCUCGAUCUACCUCGUCCUGCAGCAACCGCACGGCAUCUACAUCAGACCCGUUCAUGUCCACAUCUAUGUCCAUGUCAAUACCUAUGUCUACUCCUACUCCCGCCAAUCGUACGAAACAGGCCGCGCCACUCUUGCUGGUCUCGAUACUAGACGAGCCACGAGAGGUCCCCGAAGCCGAGUACCAACGUAUCUUCGCCCGAUUUGUUGCUCGCAUGGAAGAAAUCGCCGAAGAGGACUUGCAUGACUCUGUUACAGCUCACGUGGGCCUCGAGGGUGUCGACCCAACGCCAGGUCUAAUGGCCUGGGCUGAGUCAACGCAUGCGGAGCUCGAGGACGUCAAGCGGCGGCGGGAGGCGCAUAUUCAGGCGAUGUACGACCAGCUCGAGGCGCUCUGGCGCAGACUUGGUGUACCGGAUGCGGACAUGGACGAGUUCGUGAAUGCACAGCGGGGGAGCACGGAUGUCACUGUGAAGGCCUACGAAGAGGAGCUGGAACGCAUGCUAGAGCUGAAGCGCGAGCGGAUGGGCACAUUCGUUGAGAACGCGCGGGCAGAGAUCAUCAAGCUCUGGGAUGAACUUAUGGUCAGCGAGGAAGAGCGAGCAGACUUCGCACCGUUCGCAGAUGAUGAACACACAGAAGAACUGCUGGCAAUCCACGAAGAAGAGAUUCGACGACUGAAGGAGGAGCGGCGGCUGAAGGGCCCGCUCUUGGCCAGCAUCCGAAAGUACUUCGACAUUUGCGAUGACGAGAAGGAGCUCGCCGCGGCGGCCAGUGACCAGAACCGUCUACUUGGUAGAGGCCCGCGCGAUCCAGGGCGCUUGCUCCGUGAAGAGAAGAUGCGGAAGCGUGUCAGCAAGGAGAAACCAAGGCUCGAGCAAGACCUUCUGGCGUCGAUCCCCGCAUGGGAGGCGGAGACCAGGCGCGCCUUCCUUGUCCACGGUGAGAGCAUGGUACAACUGCUCAUGGAGACUGUCGGCGCCAACGACAAGGAGAACACCAAGCGGAGCAAGACGCCCGGCGCCCGCGCUGGCUCAGUACCUCCGCGCUCCAGAACACCCUCGAAUCCGCCACAUCACUACAUGCCAGCCACAACACACGGUGGCUCUCACAGUACGAAGGUGUCAGGCGUGGUGACGCCCGCUGUGCGUCCCGGAUCGAGCAUGGCCACGUCUUCACAUCCGAGCAAACGUCCCCGUCUCGGCGAGUCAACAGCUGCUCAUAAUAACGCGCCCGCUCACGGGGGUCCGGUAUAUCUAGGGAGCAGUAAGGGCCCGGGCGCGCAUAGACCAGGCUCGCCGUCGAAGAUCCCGAGCAAGACGCCGUCUACCUCCAUUCCUACGUCGUCACUUCCUCGCCCGGUUCCCCUUGCGAUGCCAGUCCCGAAGCCUGGUACUGUGCACCAUGCACUUGGCCACGGAAGGGUACCGUCGGCCCAGGCUGCACAUUCCGGCUAUUCGUAUCAAGCGUCGCAUAGCCAGAUGCGGUCAACAUCAUCCACGAGCACAACGUCCUACCGCACCUAUGGCGCGCCUGCUCUGAACUCGAGCGUCCUAGCGAAGAAGGCUUCGAGGGCUCGCCGGGAGAGCUUCAGGCCUAGACCGAGUGUAGACAACGACUGGGCGGUCGGCGGAGGCAGAUGGGCUGGAUUCGCUGGAGCAGCGGUGAAAGAGGAAGAUGAGGAUUAUUAG